AUGGAGUUUCAGAGACGUCAAGGUCACUGCCUCUCCGAGAGGAAGGGGCAAAAGCGAAAGCUAGACGAAGAAUCGCAGGACGAACCACAGAUCUCGGCGGCGCCGCCUACCUCCGACGAGCGUGCGGCACUUCUAACUGAAGUGGAAAAUCAGGUCAACAUCCUCGAGUCGACUUUCACGUGGAAUGAAUCAGACAGAGCAGCGGCAAAGCGAGCCACUCAUGCGCUCGCUGAUCUCGCGAAGAAUGAGGAAGUGGUGAAUGUUAUUGUGGAAGGAGGUGCUAUUCCUGCUUUGGUUAAGCAUCUUCAGGCGCCGCCUGUGGAGGAUUGCGAUCAGAAGGCGUUGCCGUUUGAGCAUGAAGUUGAGAAAGGAAGUGCUUUCGCUCUAGGACUUCUUGCCGUCAAGCCAGAACAUCAGCAGCUAAUUGUUGACAGUGGCGCCUUAACUUACCUUGUUGAUCUUUUGAAGAGGCAUAACCAAGGCUUAACUUCUCGUGCCAUUAAUAGUCUCAUUCGUAGGGCUGCAGAUGCUAUUACUAAUCUUGCACAUGAGAAUAGCAACAUUAAAACCCGUGUCAGGAUGGAAGGUGGAAUUCCACCACUUAUUCAUUUGCUCGAGUUUGCCGAUACAAAGGUGCAAAGAGCUGCUGCUGGUGCACUGAGAACCCUAGCUUUUAAAAAUGAUGAAAAUAAGAAUCAGAUUGUUGAGUGCAAUGCUCUUCCGACUUUGAUUCUAAUGUUGCGUUCUGAAGAUGCUGCUAUUCAUUAUGAAGCGGUUGGUGUGAUUGGAAAUCUAGUUCACUCUUCUCCUAAUAUAAAGAAAGAGGUUCUUUUUGCUGGUGCUCUACAACCAGUUAUUGGAUUACUUAGCUCCUGCUGCUCUGAAAGUCAGAGGGAAGCGGCAUUGUUACUUGGACAGUUCGCAGCAACUGAUUCAGAUUGCAAGGUUCACAUUGUACAGAGAGGUGCUGUCCGACCUUUGAUAGAGAUGCUUUCGUCUUCUGAUGUACAACUCAGAGAAAUGUCUGCCUUUGCAUUAGGGAGAUUGGCCCAGGACACACAUAACCAAGCUGGUAUUGCACACAGUGGUGGCUUAGUGCCACUGCUCAAGCUCCUUGACUCAAAAAAUGGGUCUUUGCAACAUAAUGCUGCUUUUGCUCUUUAUGGCCUUGCAGAGAAUGAGGAUAAUGUGUCUGAUUUCAUUAGGGUAGGUGGAGUUCAAAGAUUACAGGAAGGAGAGUUUAUUGUUCAAGCGACUAAAGAUUGUGUUUCCAAGACAUUGAAAAGAUUAGAGGAGAAGAUUCGCGGUCGUGUGCUGAGCCAUCUAUUAUAUCUCAUGCGAGUUUCAGAAAGGGGUUUUCAAAGGCGAAUUGCUUUAGUUCUAGCGCAUCUUUGUUCUGCAGAUGAUCAAAGAAGAAUUUUUAUUGAACACCAUGGUCUUGAGUUGCUUAUCGGGCUUCUUUGCUCAUCUAGCACCAAGCAGCAGCUUGAUGGUGCCGUGGCUUUAUGCAAGUUGGCCGAUAAAGCAUCAACUCUGUCUCCUGUAGAUGCUCCUCCUCCUUCUCCAACACCUCAGGUCUACUUGGGAGAGAAGUUUGUAAACAAUGCUACACUGUCUGAUGUUACAUUUUUGGUUGAAGGCAAACGAUUUUAUGCUCAUAGAAUUUGUCUACUUGCAUCUUCAGAUGCAUUUCGUGCAAUGUUUGAUGGUGGUUAUAGGGAGAAGGAUGCAAGAGACAUAGAGAUCCCAAAUAUUAGAUGGGAGGUUUUUGAGUUGAUGAUGAGAUUUAUAUAUACCGGAUCAGUUGAUGUCACUCCAGAUAUUGCUCAAGACCUUCUUCGAGCAGCUGAUCAAUACCUUUUAGAAGGACUCAAGAGACUCUGUGAGUACACAAUUGCACAGGAUAUAUUACUAGAGAACGUGUCGAGUAUGUAUGAACUUUCAGAAGCCUUCAAUGCAAUAUCAUUGAGGCAUGCAUGCAUUCUUUUUAUCUUGAAGCACUUUGAUAAGUUGAGUGCAAGGCCAGGGCACUCUCUUCUGAUUCAGCGUACAAUUCCAGAGAUCCGCAAUUACUUUGUAAACGCCCUUACAAAUGCCAACUCCCAUAGACAGUAA